AUGAGUCUCAUCAGCACACCAGAGAGGAUGGAACUGAAUUUUUAUCUGGCCUCCAAAGAGACUCUUAGGCCAGUCGUCCGUGCGUUCAUGAACCAGCUGACGGCAGAAAACUGGCAGAGACUGGAGACUGGGCGUCUUGACCCAGAGACAAGUACUCGCGUGACAGCUUUGUGUGUAAAUGUUAUUGAAAUUUUGGCUCAAAGUCUGCACGAGUCUCUCAACAGAAGACUUGAAAAACAGAAAGACUGGUCACCAGGAUCUGCUAAAUCUGUGUGUAAGGAGGACGUGCGCGAAUGUUUAGGGAACAUGGGUGAAGUCAUCGCACAGACUGUGGCAGAGGUACAGGGUGUAGGAGACAUCCACUACCCUAAGAGCGGGCGGGUGACAGAGCUCAUGGUCACAGCAGUCACAGAGAGAGUCAACUCCAGGCUGUCUAAAACAAGUGACAGUGACGACUCGGAGGAGCACAAGACUUCCCCCACUAUUCUAAUCAAACUGAGGGGACACUUCAAGAGGAUUCUCAAAAACUGCUACGAAAGGAUGAAGACAAUGUUGCACCGAGUCAAAUCAACCUGCACUGUGCAGGAGAAGGAAGAGGUGGUGGUACCCACUCAGACCUCUGUAACUUCUCUGCAAGAAGAGAAACCAGGCAGGGCCGAGUCUACGGUCAACAAAUCCCCGACUAUUUUUCAUGUGACCAAAGAAAUCCUGGAGCAACAACUGGAAGAGAUUGUUCAUGAUGCUCAGAGUUUACUCCACAGAGGAAGAAGAUAG